AUGCUUCGCUUUUUACAAGUCCUUACACAGGGCCCCGAUGCCACGAACCCGGUAGCGGGAAAUAACUACAGAAGAACAGAAGAAAGCGGUUUAACAUCAGAGCAAGCAUCUUCACAAGUACACGGACUUGAAGACAGAUUGACUAGCGAGACCCAUUUGCGUCGCUUCACCGAGACCGUACUGGACUCACGGCAACAGGAAAUUGAAGACCGGGAAAUGGAGAAAGACGAACUGGCGCUCCGUGUGGAAACCCUCCAACAACAGCUUACCAGCACCCAACGACAGCUCGCGGAAGCUCAGGAUCAAGUUUUUCGUCUACAGCCCAGGAGAAAGGAUAUUACUGAAUCAGAGGCAAAGGAUGCCUACAAGACGCUCGUUGGGAAUGUUCAACGAUGGGUUGAGAACCGUGCCGGCCCUGUCAUUGACGAUUUGGAAUCCGGCCGCCUCGCGACCAGGGCAGUUCCCCCCGAAGGGUCACGGCUCGCCACUCUCUUAAGAGAGCAAUCUAGGCGAUGUAUAAGCGUGAGUCAAACUGAUGAGUUUCAUAUCAUUGGAGCCAUCAUGAAUUAUCUUCACAUUACCAUGUUCUCCAAGUCGUUCUAUUGUCCUUUGGAUGACGGCGAAGAUGGUGGAACCUCGACGUGGAUUGACGAGCUUGAAAACACCAUGUCUCGGCUGCAAAGAGGGCUCAACAGUAAUGAGAUGGUUAUGGGACGGAAUAUCAUCUUCUCAAGGGCCCAGUCGAAGCGCAUCAAGAGCAUCAAGCUCAAGAAGGCCACCUGGAUCUGCAGUCUCAUCAUCGGGCAGAUCAAGAUACUAGCUACAUAA